GGGGGGAGUACAUCGUCCUUGCCCGGGUAGCUGGUUGUAUGUGCGCCGGGCCGGUGGGAGGCAGUUGGGUGUGUGCUUGUGAGUGCGUUGCGGUGUUGAGUGGAGCGUGGCUGUGUUGUUCCCUCGCUCUCAUCAAUACAGCCUGUCCGAGAAUCAACUCCGCUUCCUUUGUCUUCGAUUCCCUUCCGCAAUCACAGCGAAAUGCCGUCGUGUUGCUUCCGUGUGGAUCUGGACUCCAUAACGACGGACCGCUUUUAACGAAAUGACUUGUCUCGUUACGACUGACGAGAUCGCAGAGAUUUUUGCAUCGGUUGUGCGCGACGUAUGAUGGUAAUGAUGGCGGACCGGCAGAAAGCACCCAUCAGAGUGGGCUUCUACGACAUCGAGAGGACCAUCGGCAAGGGCAACUUCGCGGUGGUGAAGCUGGCGCGACACCGCAUCACCAAGACGGAGGUGGCCAUCAAGAUCAUCGACAAGUCGCAGCUGGACGCCGCGAACCUGCAGAAGGUGCACCGCGAGGUGGACAUCAUGAAGCAGCUCGACCACCCGCACAUCAUCAAGCUGUACCAGGUGAUGGAGACCAAGAACAUGAUCUACAUAGUGUCGGAGUACGCGAGCCAGGGAGAGAUAUUCGACUACAUCGCGCGCUACGGCCGCAUGUCCGAGGGGGCGGCGCGCCGCAAGUUCUGGCAGAUCCUGUCCGCCGUGGAGUACUGCCACAACCGGCGCGUGGUGCACCGCGACCUCAAGGCCGAGAACCUGCUGCUGGACGCCAACAUGAACAUCAAGAUCGCGGACUUCGGCUUCAGCAACUACUACACGCCCGGCGAGCAGCUGGCCACGUGGUGCGGGUCGCCGCCCUACGCCGCGCCCGAGGUCUUCGAGGGCAAGAAGUACACCGGCCCCGAGAUCGACGUGUGGAGCCUGGGCGUGGUGCUGUACGUGCUGGUGUGCGGCGCGCUGCCCUUCGACGGCUCCACGCUGCAGUCGCUGCGGGACCGGGUGCUGUCGGGCCGCUUCCGCAUCCCCUACUUCAUGAGCUCGGACUGCGAGAGCCUGAUCAGGAAGAUGCUGGUGCUGGACCCGGCCAAGCGCUACUCCGUGGACUGCAUCAAGAGGCACCGCUGGAUGGUGGCGGAGGCUCCCCGCCUGCUGCCCAGCACCGGGGAGCAGCUGGGAGGCGCCAGGGCCGAGCCCAACGAGCAGAUCCUGCGCCUCAUGCAGUCCCUGGGCAUCGACGCAGCCAAGACGCGCGAGUCGCUGAAGAGCGGCAGCUACGACCACCACGCCGCCAUCUACUACCUGCUGCUGGAACGCCUGAGGCAGCACCGCACCAGCUUCUCGCUGUCCCAGGACGGCGGCGCGGUGGGCAAGCACUCGCUGGACUCGGUGCAGCGGCGGCGGCCCAGCACCAUCGCCGAGCAGGCCAUGCGCAAGCUGGGCAUGGCGCCGCCCCCGGGGGCGGGCGACCCGGCGCGGCGGGCCAGCGGCGACCCCCGCCUGCCCGCCCCCGCCCCGCCCUUCGCGGACCUGUUCCCCGCGCCGCCGGGCCCCGACUACUGCUGCCGCUACCCGCUGCCGCGCCACGCGCCCGCGCUCGGCGCGCAGUACUCCAGCUCCACGGACGAGGGCGUGGACACGGACGCCGACGACUCGCCGGUGAGCGCGCGGCCCGCCGUGAUGCCCCACCCGCGCCUCGCGUCCUACGCCAGCUCCUCCUCGUCCAGCGGCGUGGGCGGCGCGACGCACAAGAGCCUGAGCCAGCACCUGAGCACGGACAGCAACCUGUCGGCCUUCGAGGGCAGCCUGGAGUACCAGCUGGAGGCGGACCUGGCGGCCAGCCUGCCGUCCUGCUCGUGUCCCUGCGAGGCGCCGGCGCCCGAGGGGGCGGGCCCCAGCCCGGGCCGGCCCCUGCGGCGCCACGCCCCGCCCGCGCACCCGGGCCGCCACGCCACGCGCUCGCCGGUCGACUUCCGCGAGGGCCGGCGCGCCUCCGACGGCCUGGUGGCGCAGCAGGGGGUGCUGGCGGCGGACCGCGCGGGCGUGGUGGCCUUCAACAGCCAGCGCCUGCACGAGACGGGCAAGAUCAAGGGCGUGAUGGAGCUGCACCUGGUGCAGCGCGAGCACCGCGCGCUGCGCAGCCGCUACCAGAGCUGCGCACCCCAGGAGGAGGCGGUGCAGCGCCAGCUGCAGCACUCGCAGUACCAGGGCCUGGGCGGCGAGCCCCUGCAGCAGCAGCUCAUGCAGCACCGCCUGCUGCAGCAGAAGAGGCAGAUCCUGCAGAAGCAGGGCGCCUUCCAGCAGCCCAGCCUGAGCGUGGAGGGCGCGGCGGGGCUGGCGCUCAGCCGCCGCCAGAUGCUGCGGCAGGCGUCCUACAAGCUGGCCCAGCAGACCCAGAUCCUGCCGCCGCUGCCGCACCCCGAGGCCGACCCCUUGGCCUUCCCGACCAUCGCCGAGGACAGCAGCAACGGGCGCGGGCCGGAGGACGAGGCGGAGCAGUGGCGCUCCCUGCCGGGCUCGCUGGCGGCCGCGUGCCAGAUCAGCGAGGCGGGGGCCUCUGCCUCCUGGGGGCCCCGGGUCGCCGGCGGCCUGUGCGAGGGGCUGCUGGCGGGGGGCGCGGCCUGGCAGCAGCCCGUGUACGCCACGGCGCCGGUGGGGCAGCUCGCCUGGAGCCAGGUAGCGCACGAGUGACUGCAUGCGCGUGCCCUCCCGGUCCGCCCCGCGUCAAGUGGAGGAGAGCCUGAAUUGAUAUUCAUUUCCUGCUCCCUCCUUUCAUCCUUCUUAAUCCAAAGUGAGGUCACUCUUGCAUCUGUUCCGACGUCCCUGCCCUUGCCCUUGCCCUCCCACACUAACGCCUUAUCUGUCGUCUUUCUGAUGCAAGGCGUCCCUAUCGCUGCCAUCUGCCUUUGGUGUCACACAGUAGAACUAAGUACCUUUCAGUUUCCCUCGUUUGAAAUGUAGACGCUUAUUAUUUACCACGAGUUUGAACAAAAUGUGACUGUUAAAAAUAUUCUUGUCAGUACUCGCCUUGUAUUUAAGUAGUUGUUUGUUUGUGUUCUUUUUGUUGUUUUACAUAGAAUAUUAUUUUUGUAAAUAUAGUUUUUGUGUUUAUUAUUUAUUUCAUGUACAUAAUUUAUAAAAUAUAUUUACAAUUUGAAAGUUA